AAACUUUCUCUUUCUUGUCCUCCACUUGACUUUCUCUCACCUCACAUCACCUCAGUACUGGGAAUAAGCUUGUUAAUGGGCCAUGGCAUUUCAGAUCUAAACAAGAACAGAGAAACAUUACUUCUCUUAAUUCACUCGCGCAAAUAGUGUGACAAUUUUGAAGAGAAUUUUUGGGAGUUCAAAUACUCAAGUUUGAUUCAAUGCCUAAGAAAAUGUCGUACUCAUCCCUUCCGGAGGACGUGUUAGAGCAUGUGUUUUCAUUUGUUCAGUCGGACAGAGACCGGAACGCGAUAUCUCUGGUGUGCAAGUCGUGGUACGAGAUCGAGAGGUGGUGCAGGAAGAGGAUAUUUGUGGGGAACUGUUACGCUGUGAGCCCUGGGAUGGUGAUCAAACGGUUUCCUGAAGUUAGAUCGGUGGAGCUCAAAGGAAAGCCUCACUUUGCUGACUUUAAUUUGGUUCCUGAAGGUUGGGGAGGUUACGUAGACCCGUGGAUCACUGAGAUGGCCACUAGUUACCCGUGGUUGGAGGAGAUCAGGUUGAAGCGUAUGGUGGUUUCCGAUGAGAGCUUGGUGCUGAUUUCUAAGUCUUUUAAAAAUUUUAAGGUUCUGGUGUUGAGCUCUUGUGAGGGCUUCUCAACCCGAGGACUUGCUGCCAUUGCUGCUAAUUGCAGGAAUCUUAGAGAGUUGGAUUUGCGGGAGAGUGAAGUGGAGGAUCUGAGUGGGAAUUGGCUUAGCCUUCCUGAGACAUGCACAUCGCUGGUAUCUCUUAACAUUGCAUGUUUAGGGUCUGAGGUUAGUAUAUCAGCUCUAGAGCGCCUAUUAGUUAGGUGUCCGAACCUGAGGACUCUUCGACUCAACCGAGCCAUACCUCUUGAAAAGCUUGCAAAACUGCUUCGCCAGGCACCUCAGCUUGUUGAGUUGGGCACAGGUGCCUAUUCUGCUGAUUUGCGGACGGAUAUCUUGUCAAAUCUUGCAGGAGCUUUUUCUGGGUGUAAGGAACUUAAGAGCUUAUCUGGGUUUUGGGAUGCAGUCCCUGCCUACCUUCCAGCUGUUUAUUCUGUUUGCAGUGGACUGACAUCAUUGAAUUUGAGCUAUGCAAAUAUUCAAUGUCCCGAUCUAAGCAAACUGCUUAGCUUGUGUCCAAAUUUGCAGCGCCUGUGGGUACUGGAUUACAUUGAGGAUAGUGGCCUUGAAGUUCUUGCAGCAUCUUGCAAGGAUCUGCAGGAAUUGAGGGUAUUUCCAUCCGAACCAUUUGAUGUUGAGCCAAAUGUAUCCUUGACGGAACAAGGCCUUGUCUGUGUCUCUGAGGGUUGUCCUAAGCUUGAGUCAGUUCUGUAUUUUUGCCGUCGAAUGUCCAAUGAUGCUUUAGUUACCAUCGCUAGAAACCGCCCCAAUAUGACUCGUUUUCGGCUCUGUAUUAUUGAGCCACGAACUCCUGAUUAUCUGACUGACCAGCCACUUGAUGUCGGUUUUGGAGCCAUUGUUCAGCACUGCAAGAAUCUGCGUCGCCUUUCCCUUUCUGGUCUCCUCACAGAUCGUGUGUUUGAGUAUAUAGGAACCUAUGCUAAAAAGUUAGAAAUGCUUUCUGUGGCUUUUGCUGGUGAAAGUGAUUUGGGACUCCAUCAUGUGCUUUCUGGGUGUGAUAGCCUUCGAAAAUUGGAGAUCAUGGACUGUCCCUUUGGUGACAAGGCUCUUUUGGCCAAUGCUGCAAAGCUGGAGACAAUGCGAUCCCUUUGGAUGUCUUCGUGUUUGGUGAGUUAUGAAGCAUGUAAGCUCCUAGGUCAGAAGAUGCCCAGGCUGAAUGUUGAAGUUAUUGAUGAGAGGGAACAUCCAGAAUCGAGGUCUAACUUUCCUGUUGAGAAGCUUUACAUAUAUAGAACUGUUGCUGGGCCAAGGUUUGAUAUGCCUCCUUUUGUGUGGAAAUUGGAUGAAGAUUCUGCGAUGAGGAUUUCUUGAGAGGGUUUCCAGACCAUUUAAGCUUUCCAUGUAACAAGCCAAGCCCCUUGCAUACGUAGCAGGUACAUGCUCUAUAUGCUGCUCAUUGUUUCACAUUUAACUUUCUGUAGCUUAAUAUAUAAUGCAGCCGUUAUUGGAAUCGGGAAGAGGAUAAGGAGAGUAUACAGAGUCUGAAGAGCUCUAAUACCAUUGAUUUUACGCUUGGCUGAGCAAUGGCAUACCAUCUAGGGUUUAAUAAAGAGAUAAAAGCUCCUUUUGUUGUUAUUGUUGUUGUUGUGCAUCAAUCAGAGUUGUUAUUUUACUUCGGCAUAAUCACCAUGUAUACUAUUAAUUGCAGACUUUUGCAUGUUAUAUGCAAGCAUUUGUAUCACCGUUUUUAUGAAGGUAGUAGUAAUUGUCUUGUAGACUUGUGUGUCAUUGUUAGCUUGGAGGAAUAAAAUUUCAAAUUUUGUUACAAUUACAUGAUUACAUUUGGUUGUAGUUGCUUUGUUUCAAAAUGGAAUGUUUACGGUGAUGAUAAUCUAUAGUUGUCAAGAAUAAUAGAAUGGUAUAGAAGAUGAAGCCAUAAAUAAAUUAGUCUCCUGGCCACUUAGAGACCAAAGAAAUUUAAAUAAUGGGGAUGAGACUUAAGUUUCAUUGCUUAAAGGAGGACCAUCAGGGCAUUGGCAACUUCAAUCUAAGGUGAAUGAUGGAGGGGUGAGAAAGGCUGUUAGUCGUUCGGAUUAGAUUAGAUGAUUUACUUUUCAGGUAUGUAACAUUCAGCUUUUUCUUUUUCUUCAAAAUUUAAGGGCCUCGACUGUUGUGGCACGUGAUAUUCACGCUGUCAUUCAUAUCAUAGCAAGCCCCGCCCCAUUCGAAGGCAUUAAUUAUGUGAUGAUGUCCACACGUUGGAUGUAUUUAUGAUCAUCAUCAUUAAUAUUCUCUGUUACUUAUCAUUGUUUUGUUGCUUUAUUUUUUUACUGUUUUGAGUUCAUUAUGAUAUUACAAUUACUUAUUCAUGGUGAUGGUCCAUGUCUCAGUCUCUGAUGCCAUACAAAGUGAAAUUUGCAGUAUCCCAAGUUAUUCUUAUUGGUGGAAUCAUAAUUCUACGGUCUUCCCCACUGUAUUGCAACAAUGAUGCUCUUUAUGAUUUUGUUCCCAUACACCUUCCUCCCCACCACCCUUAAAAUUUAACAGUUUGAGGUUUUCUUAUGCUUAUUUACCAUUAAUUCAUUAGAAAAAGACUGACCAAUGUGAAACUAGAAAUUUCGUCGCCAUGUUUUUCCCUAAGCUAAAUGUAAACACUAAAUAAAUAAAGACUUAUGGAGCCAAUGAUAAUGACAUUGUUUUACCACCAGGUCGUUUCUAGGACUAGUCAUUUGGAGUCAACAUUGGGCGGCUAACGGCCUCAUGCUUGAAGAUAUUUCCAUGAUUUUCCAGACCUAAACUUGAUUGUCACGUUAGAAAAUAAUAAUAAACCUAACAACUUGACUUUGAGAGAGCCAUAAAAUCAUCUGAGAUUUAUAACAAUCGAAUCCCCUUCUCCCAAGGAAAGCGUGUUUGAUAUGGGGAAAGUUAUUUGCGCGGAAGUAGAAGAGGGUGGAUUAAAUCUGAUCGGACUGAUGGUGGCACUUGUAAUUGCUCUCCUUCUCAUGCUGGUAUGUCUCCAACCUCCUCCACGCCGCCGCUAUAUUGUAUCUACCUAUCCCGCCCUUUAUGUUACAAGAUGAAAACACAGUUGUUGAACAAAACCAGUCUGUGUUUUUAAUUUUAUUUUUAUGGGUGGGGCGUCUCUCUAGUUUGAUUUCAUUUUCACCAAUACGGCUUCUUUCAUUUUUGGUGGUGUUUCCUUCGUUUAUGUUAUACGCAUCGUCAGAAUUUUACUUGUGAAUUUGUUGUGAGGAGAGUCAUGCUCUCCUAAGAGGAGAGUCUCUGUAAUUAUUAUAUGCCCUUUCUAAAUAAAAGAGGUUUAUGGUGUCUUGCACAA